UUCUGCGCGCGCACAGCUCUGGUCACGUCACUCCCGGGAAAGCGGAGAGCCUGCGAGAAAAGAAGCGCGCGAGAUAGGAACUUGAGCGCGGACUAGUGUGUUGUCAGCAAUCCAGUGUACCUAGCCCAGCGACAAUUAGAUUUGUUGUUUUUACCAACGUGGAUUAUAUACGACAAACAUACUUGCUCCUAUAAUAUAGUUUGUAAAUAUAUGCACGACGUGGGCAAAAAAAUAUACAAUCUAUUUUAGUUAAGGGUGAUGGAGGUAAAGCAAAGGGAGAUGUCCUGGUGGGCGCGCGGAGAGGAUGGGGAGGAGGCAAUGUAUCAGGACACUGACUCUGACGUGGCUGAACAGAGAGACUGUGGAAAGGUCAAAGUGAAAUGGACACAAGAUGAGGAUGACAAUCUGAAAGCGUUGGUCCAAAACCGGGGGUCAAAUGACUGGAAAUACAUUGCCAGCAUUUUACCGAAUCGCUCAGAACACCAGUGCCAGCACCGCUGGUUGAAGGUUCUGGAUCCAGAUCUGGUCAAAGGGCCCUGGACCAAAGAGGAGGACGAGAAGGUGAUAGACCUGGUGAACAGGUAUGGCAACAAGCAGUGGGCUAUUGUGGCCAAGCACCUGAAGGGCCGGCUGGGGAAGCAGUGCCGGGAACGCUGGCACAACCACCUCAACCCGGAUGUGAAGAAAUCCUCCUGGACAGCAGAGGAGGACCUCAUCAUCUACAAGGCCCACUGCAUGCUGGGAAACCGCUGGGCUGAGAUCGCCAAGCUGCUCCCCGGAAGAACAGAUAAUGCUGUGAAGAACCACUGGAACUCAACCAUCAAGCGUAAGGUUGAGAUGGGCUUCUACAGCAGGGUGGAUCCUUCUCGGAAAUGUCAGCAGAUGGAACCAGAGGAGAGCAUGGCCCACCACAGUAGAGAUCAGCAGAAAAACAUGUCUCUGCAGAUGGACUAUAGUGGUUCUAUGGAGAGGGAACCAGACCAAGACCCCACACUGCCGGAGAAUGCCAAUACAUCCACUGUUAGAGGAGGCCCGAAAGAAGCAGGCUCCCACAAGGCUGUCUCUCCUCAACAGUCAAAGACCCCCAAAAGUGAGCCAAACACCCCAGGAGGUGAACUGAAUACCAGUAGCUGGGUGGUGGACAGCUCAGGCUUCCUCUCUCCCAACGGCCCAGCCUUAAAAGAGGUGAUGGAGAUGGUGGAUGGGGACCUGGAUGGCUGGUGUAACAUGGCUGUCUUUGAUCUGCCCGAGGAGAGCCAGAGCCCAGAGCGGACCCAGUUCCGUCUGGAGGGCAGUGCCCUACAGGAACUCAGUAAGGGUAACCGGGGGGAGCUGAUCCCCAUCUCCCCUGGAGGAAUCACCCCACCUUCCAUACUGAACCGCCGUAGCCGCCGUCGCAUAGCUCUGUCCCCUGACUCCAACAACUCCAGGACCCCCAAGAGCACCCCGGUCAAGAUCCUGCCCUUCUCUCCCUCACAGUUCCUCAACAUGUGGACCAAACAGGACAACUUUGAGCUGGAGAAUCCAUCUCUCACCUCUACCCCAGUGUGCAAUCAGAAGUCUGGGGUUACCACACCACUACACCGUGACAAGACUCCACUCACACAGAAGGAAAACUCUGUUUGCGCAUCCAAGCUGUACCCAAACUCAGUGUUCAUCACACCCAACCACAAGUCAAAUCUUGACACCACCCCACGGACUCCAACUCCAUUCAAAAAUGCCAUGGAGAAGUAUGGUCCUCUGCGACCAAUGCCUCAGACUCCGAAUGAGGAGGACUUGAAAGAGGUCCUCUUGAAAGAGGCUGGGAUUGAGCUGAUCGUGACGGAUGAGAGUCCACCUGAGCAAAGACGCAAGCAGGUGCAUCGACCUCCAAUGAAGAAAGUGCGUAAAUCUCUGGCUCUGGAUGUCAUGGACUGCAAAGAGAUGGUCACUGCCAGGCAUCAGUCCAUGAAGUCCGAGCCGAAAACCUUUUCUAAGGCUGAGAUGUCUCUCAACUCCUCAUCCUUUUGUAUGAAGACUGAAGAUAAAGAGGAGAAUGUUCUGGAUCAGGGCUUCUGUUUAGGACCCAGUGAGAGUGGUGCAUAUUCCAACCCAGUGCCCCCAACCCCAAUGUCCAAGGCAUGGGAAGCAGUGGUAUGUGGACGUACUAAGGACCAACUCAUAAUGACAGAGAAAGCAAGACGUUACCUCCGUUUACUGAAAUCCCAGGCUCCUAACCGGGCCCUCAUCCUGUCCUGAGCCCUCACUAACCUUGUUGUCCUCUGUGCAGACAUUUCCAUUGUGUUAAACAUAGGGUUGCAAAAUUCUGAGAACUUUCAAUAAAUUGCCUGGUUUUCCCAAAAUCUCGUUUCCUCCAACCAUGAUUUCUAGAAAACCAGGGAAUUUAUUGAAAGUUCCCGAAAUGUUGCAACACUGGUUAAAAACUCCCCUGUGUCGAUGUAUUCAGAGCUCUUGACUUUUUCCACAUUUUGUUACGUUACAGCCUUAUUCUAAAAUGGACUAAAUAGUUUUUUUCCCUCAAUCUACACACAAUACCCCAUAAUGUAAAAAAAAAAAUACAUACCACAUUUACAUAGGUAUUCAGACCCGUUACU